AUGGACCUAGUGGCCUGCUUCACCCACGAUGCAGAAGCUGCCCUAGCUACAGGAAACGAAUCAGCAGCAUCCGAGCUUGGGGACGCUCUGCGCAGCCAGGAGGGUCACCCGAUUUGCCUCAGUGGUGGCGGUGGCGACGUCAGCAGGAAUGAGGGGGUGGCCUCAUCGGCAGUGCGGAGGGCCGCAAACUCUUCCCAAAGGAACCAGGGCAGCUAUUCCCACCAAGAUCAGCACCAGCCAACCAACCCCAACACCGAAUCCAACAAGAAAACCUACCGGGACGCAAGCCAGCUGCACAGUGCAGUACCCACACUUGGAGCUGGCCGCGGACCAGAUGCAAUCGUGAGAUUGGAUCCCACGAGCUUUUGCCUGAAGGCAGUGCAGACAGAGCACUCGGAACGCAGCCAAAAGGGCCCCGGAGGGCGUCGGAACCGGCAUUGUCAAAGUUAA